GGACCAGAGUGGCUUGGCAGGACUGGGCUUUUCCGAACAGGUACCCAGGGGGGUCCGUUUAUCUGAACCACAGCAGAAGGAUGGAUUUUGGAACCCCUGACCUACUUGAUGUGUGGCUGGAGCCCCCAGAAGAUGUCUUCUCAACAGGGUCCUUCCUGGAACUGGGACUCCACUGUCCACCUUCAGAGGCAACAGGGUCUCAAGAACAGGGACUACAAGAACAGGGGCUACAAAGCUGGGAACCCAGUGAAGGCCAUGGCUGUGGCCUUCAAGAGAAUGAGCCUGAAGAUAUUCCGAAGAUUUUCAUUGACCCCAAUGAAGUGUACUGCUUAGAAGCAUCUCCCGAAAGUGGAAUCUCUGAGGAGCCUGGCCAUCCAGAGAGUCCUCUUCCCCCCAAGGCACCUAGUCCUCCUGCCCUCUAUGAGGUUGUCUAUGAGGCAGGUGCCCUGGAGAGGAUGCAGGGGGAAGCUGGACCAACUGUAGGGCUCAUCUCCAUCCAGCUAGAUCAGUGGCGCCCACCAUUUAUGGUCCCUGAUGCCUGCAUGAUCAGUGAGCUGCCCCUUGAUGCUCAUGCCCACAUCCUGCCCAGAGCAAGCACUAUAGCCCCAGUGCCUCCUGCAAACCUGCUGCCCUAUCAAGCCUUGUUCCUGACAGAUGAGGAGAAGCGUCUGCUGGGGCAGGAAGGGAUUUCCCUGCCCUCUCACCUGCCCCUCACCAAGGGAGAGGAGAGGGUGCUGAAGAAGAUCAGGAGGAAAAUCCGCAACAAACAGUCUGCUCAGGACAGUCGGCGACGGAAGAAAGAGUACAUCGAUGGACUGGAGAGCAGGGUGGCUGCCUGUUCUACACAGAACCAGGAACUACAGAAGAAAGUUCAGGAGCUGGAGAGGCACAACAUCUCUCUGGUGACUCAGCUCCGCCAGCUACAGAUGCUCAUCGCUCACACCUCCAACAAGGCUGCCCAGACCAGCACUUGUGUUCUGAUCCUUCUUUUUUCCUUGGUUCUCAUCGUCUUGCCCAGUUUUAGCCCCUUUCAAAGUCUACCGGAAGUUGGGCCUGAGGAUUACCAGCCUCAUGGAGUGAUUUCCAGAAAUAUCCUGACUCACAAGGACAUGACAGAAAAUCUGGAAACCCCAAUCACAGAGUCCAGACUAGGGGGCGGAUCUGGGGCCAGGGGUACAAAUGGUUCAACAAGGACUCUGCUUGAGAAGAUGGAUGGGAGGACAGCGCCUAAUGGGUAUGUCAGAACUGUGCUGCAUGCAGAUGAGAUGUGAGCUGGAAAACUUCCUGGCCAUUGCCCACUAACAAUAAAGAAUCCAGGGCUCCCCAUGGUUCUGCUUCCCUCUGGAACUCCCACUCAGGGUUCUUAGGUCUCAGGGUCUGAAUCAUUUCAGGACGCCUUAGAUAUGGCCAGAGGCAAGUCUGCUAUGUUAGGGGGCAUCCUAAACAUGAUUUUAUUUCUUUUUUAGUAAUAGGGUUCAGGGGAAACAGAAGUUUUGGCUGAGAAAUAAACUUCU